CUGCAGCACCUAUUUUCAUCGAGAUUUGAGUGCAUUUUGUGAGACAGCAUAAUGUACAGAAAUCCAACGGUCGUGAAGCGCCAGUGGGUAAAGUCUCCAGUGUUUUCGUGCGGAUGAUAUUAUUGUGUUCUUGAGUGGGAGAAAUAGGGAAAGAUAUUUCUGUGGCCACGUGAUUUUACGAAAGAGAAAAUCAUGUACGGUUGAACAGUAAACAAUCCCAAAUCAGUCCUGUAGAAUUAUUUCUAUUGUGGGGUCUACAAACCGAAAAAUCUCAAGGUAUCUUUCCUUAGGGCACAUAUAUCUAGGGUGCAGAUGCCCGGACCGGAUCCAACAGAAUCCUAAGAGAUGUGAAUCAUCUUACCGUGUGAAUGAGUUGCUCUUAAUAAUUUCUUCCUUUUUAUUUUUAAAUUUUUUUUUCCUUUUGGCCCCUUUUCAUUGCAAAGGUCUAAAAAAUCGGUUUGGGGAGGUGGAGGGCUUUUUUCGUAUUUUUAAGUGUUGUGGGGUCAAGUAAUUGCCAGAUGUUUGCAACCAUAUAAUUGCCCAUGGAGGUAUUGACUUCUUUGAUGAAUUAGCCGAGUAUUAUGGUCCAAAUAAUUAUUUGCAUUUAUUUAUAAAGAAUUUAACUGUGAUGAUUAUGUAAAUUACAAUUAUUUCUCUUAUUGGAUUUACUAAAAUGCCCUUAAUUUAUUUUCAGCGUUCUGGGACGGUCUGUUGUUAGAAUGCAUUAUGUGUCAUUAUGAAUAAUACUGACCGUUGUUUAUUAUAUAUAUGUUUUUAGCUAGGCGGCAUGUAAAAGUUCAAAGUAUUUGCAUGUUUUGUAGCAUAUUGAAAUCCAUAUUUAAUGGUUUUUUUCUUUAUGUCAAGAUUUAUUUAAUAGUUAAUGUAAAGAUUUAUUAUAUUAGAUAUCCUUCUGCACACACAGCAGGCAUAUUUGACCCGAAAAGGAAAAGUAAACUGAUGCAUGGAAAAGAAUGGGGGGCCUAUAUUCAUGAUUUUGCACCAGUGAAUUUCAUUAAAUCUCUCAAUUACAUUUCUUCCCCUGUUGAUUCUUCCUACCAAAUGGCAUAUGACGUUAGAGAAAUUAUAUAAUGAUCAAGUUACUAAAAUUGCGUAGAUGGAAUCCGUGAAGCCAUCCGCUGUUACUCAAUCAAAGAGUAAACUAGCUCGCACCUUUGCCAAAGUUCUUCACAUUCGCGCGGUGACCAAAAAUGGUGUGAAGACCCAAGAGACGGUGAAAUAUGACACUAGCUUCAAUAAGGGUGUUAAUCUUUCUCAAUCAUUUGACAAACUUGAUGAUGAGUUCGAGAGAAGAGUGGCAUUGGAAGCACUUCUUGCUAAACUUUUCGCCACAGUUUCAUCAGUUAAAGCAUCAUAUGCACAGUUGCAGUUUGCUCAGUCUCCUUAUGAUCCGGAUAAGAUUCAGGCUGCUGAUCAAUCAAUUGUAUCUGAGUUGAAAGCUUUGUCUGAACUCAAACGAUGUUUCUUGAAAAAGCAGUAUGAUCUUUCUCCGAAGAAGACGAUGCUGUCAGCUGAAAUUCAAGAACAAAGAAGCCUUCUGAAAACAUACGAGGUAAUGGGAAAGAAGUUGGAAUCUCAGCUGAAACUCAAGGACUCUGAGCUUAUACUGCUUCGAGGGAAGCUGGAAGAAUGCAAUAAGCAGAACAGCUUUAUAGAGAAGAGAGUCAACCAAAGUGGUUCAUUGUUUGUGCUUGAUAAUGUUCAUUUGUCAGGCUUAAAUCCGGCCCAUUUCCUUCCGGUUCUUCGUUACACAGUGAAGGCGAUCAGGAGUUUUGUAAGGUUGAUGAUUGAGGAGAUGAAGGCAGCUAUUUGGGACAUUGAUGCAGCAGUGUCUUCAAUUGAACCUGGUGUGUCUUAUUACAAGGCGGAUGACAAAGGUUUCGCCUUUGACUUCUUUGUUUGCAGGGUAAUGUUUGAAGGAUUCAAUCUUCCCAACUUCUCAAUUUCAAAUGAACUUCCUCCCGAGAAAAGGAGACAGCAAGAGCUCUUCUUUAGGAGAUUCAACGAACUAAAAUCUAUGAAAGUAAAGGAAUAUCUUACCAUGAAGCCUAGAUCAACAUUUGGAAAAUUCUGCCGUACCAAGUACUUGGAACUUGUUCAUCCCAAGAUGGAGACUUCUUUCUUUGGCAAUUUACAGCAAAGAAGUCAAGUAACAUCCGGCGAAUUCCCAGACACUACCUUCUUUGCUUCAUUCUCAGAAAUGGCAAAACGCAUUUGGCUCUUACAUUGCUUAGCAUUCUCCUAUGAUCCUGAAGCCUCAAUAUUUCAAGUAGCCAAGAGGUGUAGAUUCUCUGAAGUAUACAUGGAGAGUGUAACAGAUGAGGCAUUUCUAUCACCGAGUAACAGUGUGGGAUCGGAGCCAAGAGUAGCAUUCACGGUGGUUCCAGGUUUCAGGAUUGGUAAAACAGUAAUACAAUCUCAGGUAUAUCUAUCUCAAUUGCAUACCAGGGGAAAACCUUUGAUCAUCCAUCAAAUGCAAAAAAAAUAGAGGUAAAUAAUAUUUAAUCCACCAGCAGAGAUUAAACUGGAGGCCAUUAUCUUGAUUUUUAUCUUUUUUUAAGGAUUAAAGUUAGAUGAGAGAAAUGGCUUGUCUGGUUCAUAUGAUGUAAACAUGGUUUUUCAUGGGAAAGCUGUUUGUCUGUCUCUUUGUUUUUUGUGGCUAUUUGGAAAGGGAAAGGGAAAGGGAAAGGGAAAGUGGGUUGACUGUUAGUUUUCAGUGGUAAGAACACUACCGACAACUUCUCCCCAAUUCUGUUAAUAUUAGGCCAAAUGACAGAGGAUAAUGAUUUAGCUCUUUUGUUUUUCUUAUUAUUGUUUCUAUUUAUGUACAUAGUAAUAAUAAAAUAAUACAUAUACACAUAUAAUGUAUUGUUGGGCGGUUCAUGUAUUGUAUAUAUAAAAAUAACUGUGGAUGCCAUGCCUUGUAAUUGCCAGCAAUGUUGUUUCA